GGACAGAGGAACAGAGUAACAGAGGAACAGAGGGACAGAGUAACAGAGGAACAGAGGGACAGAGGAACAGAGGAACAGAGGAACAGAGGGACAGAGUAACAGAGGAACAGAGGGACAGAGGAACAGAGGGAAGAGAGAUAAAGGAAAAAUAACACGUUAAUUGACAAAUAACAGAGAACUUCACAUUCCCAGACGACACGAAGACGGAAGGGGAAAUACUACUGUUCAAAGAGGUCUAGAAAGAGAGAGAGAGAGAGAGAGAGAGGAACAGCGCAUGGACAUUGACUCCACAGGGUACACAUUCUCUACUGCGUCAGCAGAACAGAAGGUGUGAUCCUCCACACGCUUCUCCUUUCAUCCCUCCCUCCAUCCAUCCAACCAUCCAUCCAUCUAUCUUUCUGUCCAUCCAGUGAGGAAGAGGAGGAGAGAUGAAGAGACCUCAUAAUGACUAUAGUUCUCCAGACUCUGAUGACAUGGACGAGCUGAUCGAUGUGGGACAGGAAGACUGCUUCUGUCCAGUCACUGGGUCCAUGUCCCCAGGUGGCACGUCCCAGAUUCUGGCCCGGAAGAAGAGAAGAGGGGUUAUAGAGAAGAGACGCAGAGACAGGAUCAACCACAGUCUAUCAGAGCUUCGGAGACUGGUGCCCACCUCCUUGGAGAAACAGGGCUCAUCUAAACUGGAGAAAGCAGAGAUUCUGCAGAUGACGGUGGACCACCUUAAGCUGCUGCAUGCCAUGGGGGCCAAAGGGUACUUUGAAGCGCGGGCCCUAGCAGUGGACUAUAGGACACUGGGAUUCAGACAGUGUGUAGGAGAGGUGGUCCGUUACCUGAGCUCUUUAGAAGGAGGGGGGGACUCCCCGGACCCUAUCGGAGCCCGCCUGGUCUCUCACCUCUCCCAUUGCGCCAGCCAACUGGACCCUCUUCUCCUUCAGUCGCCCCCCACCUCCUCCGCCCUCCCUUUUCCUCCCUGGCCGUGGAUCUCCUCCUAUCACCAGAUGUCACCUGUCUCGUCUCCCACCUCUCCAUCUUUCUCCGCGAGGCGGAGGGAGCUGGCACGCCUGGGGGGUGGGUGUUAUCCGCCCCACUCAGCCGACACCCUGCGUCUCGCCCCCCUGGAGUGCCAACAGGGGUCCAUGCUCGCCCCUGCCUUGGUGUCUGGGCUUCGCAGGGUACCCUCUCUCCCACCUCCUUCCUCCCCUGCCCUCACCGCCACCCCCACUCACAGACUCACUCAGCAGUCUCCUGGAGCCUCACUCCUCCUAACCUCCUCUUCCUCCUCUUCCUCCUCUUCCUCCUCCUUUCUCUCUGCUCCUCCACAAGUCACCUUCAGACCUUUUGCCCCUCUGGAGUCUCCCGCGGGUCAGCGCAGGGGAAAAGCUGCAAAGAUCUGGGGGACUGAGAUAGGAGCCUUCUGAUCCAGAACCUGUCAACAUGAUGCACCGUGUAAAGUUUGCUUUUAACCACAGAUCUAGGAUCAGAUUACCCAACCCUUAACCCAGUGGAGGGUUAAUGUCUGGAACGGACCAAAUGGAACGGCAUCAAACACCUGGAAACCAUCUGUUUGAUGUACAGUAUUUGAUACCAUUCCACCCAUUCCGCUCCAGCCAUUACCACGAGCUCCAAUUAAGGUGCCAACAACCUUCCGUGCCUUAAACACAGAUCAAGGAUCAGAUGACCUUACCCCUAACCAUUAAAGGGUGGAAACCAUAUGACCCUAGAUCAGUGGUUAGGAUCAGCUACUACUCACACUCGCGCACUCUCUCUCUCUCUCUCUCUCUCUCUCUCUCUCUCUCUCUCUCUCUCUCUCUCUCUCUCUCUCUCUCUCUCUCUCUCUCUCUCUCUCUCUCUCUCACACACACACACACAAAUUACAUAUAUAAAUGACAGGGACUCUAAAGCCAUACAAUAUGACAGACAGGAGGACAGACGGACAGGGAAAUAAACAGACUGGAAUCAAACAGGGAUGGACAGAGCAACAGAUGGACAGAUGAAGAAAGUCAAGAUGGAAGACAGAGUCAUAAGAGAGAACAGAAUAACUCAGGACUUCCAGAGAUCUACUCAGCCUUGGGAAGAGCUGACUGACGGUCUGAAUCUCAGAUGGCACGUGGAUCUUCAUAACAACACCAUGUUGUUCUCCACUAGAAGUGGCCCAAUAGACUGUCUAUGAACAAACAAAUGCAAGAGACUAUAUAUACUACAGAGACAUAUACACUGCUCAAAAAAAAUAAAGGGAACACUUAAACAACACAAUGUAACUCCAAGUCAAUCACACUUCUGUGAAAUCAAACUGUCCACUUAGGAAGCAACACUGAUUGACAAUAAAUUUCACAUGCUGUUGUGCAAAUGGAAUAGACAACAGGUGGAAAUUAUAGGCAAUUAGCAAGACACUCCCAAUAAAGGAGUGGUUCUGCAGGUGGGGACCACAGACCA